GAAUUAUGCUGUGUAAUUUGUAAAACUGAUUUCAUUGAAGUACACGAAUCCUCAACGAAAUCUAAUUUUUAUUUGCAAACUUUGAAAUGUCGUAUGAUUUUAGAUUACUAAUUCAUUUAAUUUCCGACGUAAUUGCAUCGCCAGUUAUGGGAACAGAGAAUUUUAUAUUCGUUAUUACUAAUAAACCAUUCUUCGAAACUGGGAAAUUAGAAACAAUUUUAAGAUACUUAAAACUAGUGUAUCAAGGAGUGCGACCAAUAACUACUGAACUUUAUAAAAAUUGUCUUCUUUAUACAAUACAAUCUAAAAUAGCUCCCUCAUGGAAUAAAGUUGGUCAAUAUUUUCUUCAAGGAAAAGAAUUUUAUAACUCUAUAGAUGCAAUCAAAGCAUUAAAAUUGGAUAUUCGUAUAGAGGAAAAGGAAACGUAUUUAAUAUUUGAAACAGUAAAAGUUAAAAUUCCGUAUAUAAAGCUUGAAGAUUAUCUUCCAUCAUCUGUUAUAUCCCAAUUUUUAGCAAAUCCUAAUGGAUACAUAGAUUUAUCUUAUUUUAAGUUACCACUUGUACAUGUUCUACCAAGGUAG